AGCCCAGGCUCAGAGCCCUUCACUGUCAGAGGAGUGGAGAAGUCUUAGUGGGGGAAAGUGAGACUAACCGGAGAAGAAAAACACUUUUUAAACUGUUUUUGCCUCUGGAGAACGGUAAGAGCUUGGGUGGAAGAUCCAACAUGGCAGUUGCCAGCAAGUCCAUGCCUGGCUCCACUAUCGGCCCCACUCUGGGGUUUGAUGACUACACUCUCUACAGCAACCUGUCAGAUGACGAGCUGAUGCAGCUGGCUAUCGAACGCAGCCUUAGUGAUCCCCACAAUGCCACUUCACUGGGUGAAGCCAGCAAGACCUCCACAGCUCUAGGCAGAAGAACAGUCCAGUUCAGGGAAAAUCCACCCACAACUACACCGAACCCAUCAAAUCCACCUAGGGAGGACCCAAGCCAUAGGCCGCCUACUGCCAACCCACCUGACGCCAGGAGAAGGACAUGUGAAGAAAGAAGGAAAUGUGGAGACAUUGUGGUGACUCAUUUUGUAACUGGCAAUGGAAAGCGCAUGCUGGCAUAUCACAGAGGCGAUGGCUCCAUUCAGUACGUGCCAGACACAGAAAAGGAACAGGACCCUAUUGUGAAAGCCAUCCUGAAUGGUGAUGUGACUACGGUACGAGCUAUGGCUAAUAACAUACUGCGGCCUGACAAGUAUGGAUGGAUCCCGCUGCACGAGGCUGCAUAUUAUGGCCAAGACCAGUGUGUCAGAGUUCUUCUUGGGGCUCAACCUGGUGUGAUUAACACGUGCGACCUGAAAGGCCGGACCGCUCUCAUCUUGGCAGUGGAAAGCGAAAAGGUGGCCUGUGUAGAGGCACUUCUGGAGAUGGGGGCUGACCCAGACCUUGCCAACAAGGAGAGAGAGAGCCCCCUCUACAAGGGUUGCGAAAUGGACAAUGCCGAGAUUGUGGCCAUGCUUCUGAAUCACGGUGCUAUGGUGAACAAAUACUCUACCCAGGGCUGGACAGCUCUCCUAGAGGCUGUGAGCCGCAACAACGUUGAGAUCUGUGAGAUGUUAGUCCGGAACGGGGCUAAGCUCAACCCAACCAACAUGUCCAGUAUCACACCACUUUCUACUGCAGCCCAGAAUGGACAUGUGGAAACACUUCGAUUUCUUAUUAAACACGGUGCUGAUGUCAAUAGCGAGGAAAGUGAUGGGUCCACAGCUCUGUAUGAGGCGGCUAAGAACGGCCAUGAGGACAUUGUGGAGAUUCUUCUUUCUCAGAAAGCUGUCGCAAACAAAGUGGGAAAGAAAGGACUUCUGCCACUACAUAUCGCUGCCCAACAAGGAAAUGAUGGUAUCGUGUCGUUGCUGAUCAAAGCCACCAGCAAGUCCAGAGUGAAACGCAGUGGCAUCAGUCCCCUCCACCUGGCCGCCGAGUACAAUUGGGAUGAAGUCCUGGAGGUCCUGAUCAAGGCCGGCUACGAUGUCAAUGCCGUGCUGUCGGAGGAACGCUCCAGGAUGUAUGAGGACCAUCGUAGAACAGCGCUCUACUUCGCCGUCACCAACGGCAACGUGGACACGACCACCAUGCUUCUAGAAGCCGGUGCCAACCCAAACCUGGACACAUUCAACCCGCUACUUGUGGCCAUGAGGCAAGGUAGUAUUGAAUUGGUCACUUUGCUGGUGGAGCACAUGGCCAACGUCAAUGCCUACAUCCCCACUCACCCCACCUCAUUCCCGGCCACCGUCAUGUUCAGUAUGAAGUAUCUGUCCAUGCUGAAGUAUCUGAUGGACAACGGUUGCGAUGCCCUCUCCUGUUUUAGUUGCACUUACAGCAGUGGUCCACACCCACCCCUUCAGGAGACCUCUGAGAGAGAUGAUUUGCGCUACAAUACCGAUAUGCGCAGAAAUACCGGGGAACCUGUUCAGGAAAAACUGAACAUUUGCUAUCUAACUGAGAGUCUCCUCAUUGAAAACAUCAGAAGUUCUUCAAAGUUUUGUGAGAUAAUCUCUACUCGGGCAAUAAGCCGCUGGGCAGGACCCAUCAUAGACGUACUCCUGGAUUACGUUGGCCAGGUGAAACUCUGCUCCAGACUCACUGAACACCUAGAUAGCUUCAAGGACUGGGAAGUCAUCAAGGAGAAAGCAACGCCACCACGUCCACUGAUGCAGCUGUGCAGGCUGAAGAUCCGCCAGAAAGUUGGAAUCCACAGACUGAGGUGCAUCAACAACCUGCCCCUCCCACAACAACUGAUCAAGUACCUCAACCAUGAAGAGUGCAACCAAGAACAGUUUGGUGAAGACUAAUGUGUAAAAUCAUAGUCAAAGUAAGAGACAACAGAGGGAAUAUAGCACAAAAUCGCUUCACAUAUUCAUUGUUUUUAGUGUGAUAUUUGAGCAAUAAAAUAGAGUAGAGUGCGUUGAACCUAGAGUUCACAAUUAAACUUUAAGACCAGACUAAGGUAGACUUACCAUAGUCGGUAAGUGUGUGUGCUUGCACUUCACUUCAGACAAACUCCUCAUGAGGGUGCCAAAUGACUUCACAGAGGAUGGAUCCAUGAAUGAAGUUCUUUUGACACCACCAUUCCUCUUGCCCUCUAGCAUUGGACUGAACUACUACUGUACCACAUAACCCAACCUAGUGCAUUAUUCAUGCCAUGUACUGUCCAUGUUAUGAUGGCUCACAUUUUACAACAUAUAAUUAUCUACAAUGUUGUCUCUUGGAUUGUUGUUCAAUUACAUUAUGACCAUUAAUUGGAUUGUGAAUUAUCACAAACAUCCAUAUGGUAGAGGCAGCUGUUUUAGUCUUGAAAUAGGUCUAUAACAAGCUGUUCUGUAUCCAUGACUGAACUGCAUUGGUCAGUAUUAAAAACAUAGUAUGUAAUUGCAAAACCUGUCAUGGUAAUGGAAACUACUUGCCAACAAUGUUGAUUUUCUGUAGAAUUCAUCACUUGAUCUGUAAGACGUGUGGGAAUCUGGUUCCACUUCUAUCACAGUGGUCCACUCUGUCCAAACUGAGGAACGCCACAGAAGAUGGCUUUGUUAGACUGAGGUGCUAUCUUUAGCUCACAGCUCAUUUGAACUGUUUAGUGAAAACUCAAAAGCAGAGAGAAGGUGGAUCUUUUGAGAAGUAUUUCUUACUCUAACCUAAGAAAAUAUGCUAUUUAAAAAAUAUACAUGCAUUUUGAUUUAUUGUUUGUAAAUCCUGCUCUGUGAUUUUCCCCAGUGCAUUUUGCAGAUGGUUACAGGCUACAUUGAUAUGACAUUGCUGCUGUUUGGUGUUACUUGAGUGUAAAAAAUAUAUAUAUAUUUUUUUAUAAGUUCACAUUUUUGUAUGUAUGGACUGUUAUGUGCAGCAUCCUAAUUAGGCUGCACUAAAAGUAAAUGUAGAGAUUGUCAUUAUUUGAAUGACAAGUCAUCUUUGAGCUAUAAUCCAUCUAUGAUGAUGCUGCAAUUAGCCUUACUCCAUCUUCAUACACCAAAUGAUUGUUGUUUGACUGCACCUGUUUCCCAUUUUCCUCAUCAGCCUCAUAUUUAGCACCGUUUCUACAUUCUGAAGAUUAACCCUUGUGUGGGUUAACAUUUUCAAUGUUUACGAAAAGAAAAAUGAUAGAAUUAAUACAUUUUCAACCUGAGACUAA